AAUUAUGAUUUCCAGUACCUGUAUUUUUUAAAAAAUCAUUAGUCCAAAAGUAAUAGGUGAUUCACUUUUCAAAUUGUAACAUAAAACAUGUAUGUUCCUCUAUUUGUAUCUUUUAAAUUGUUGCAUUUUUAUUUGGUUUUUGAAUUGAAGUAUUUUAAAUGGUAGAAGUAAUACAUGCAAGAAAAACCCAUAUGUAUAAGUUUAAAAAAUGUAAGUUCCCCUUGUAUCCACUUUCCAAUUUCAACAGCCAUUGGUUGUUCCAAUUUCAACAGCCAUUGGUUGUUUAGCCAUUAUUAACAGUUUGGCUUCCCACCUUUCUUGGUCUUUUUCUGUAUACUUUCAAACAAAUUAUUUAUAUAUUUUUCAACCAAGUGGCAUCAUAUAAUGUAGCAUAUAAUAGAUAUCUUUAUAUGCCAAUAUGUACAGAUUUACCUUGUUUUUAUUUAAUAGUUGUUCCCUGUUGAUGGCAAUUAAGGUUAUUGCCAGUAUUUUCACUGUUAAAGAUACUGAUACACAUGGAACACCUUUGUAUGUGUGUGUGGUGUGUGUGUGUGUUUUAGUAUUUUCAGGAAUAGAUUCCUAGAAAUGAAAUGGUUAAUGAGUAUGUGUAUUUAAGGUUUUAUUUAGGUCCUACCAAAUUGUGCUCUAAGAAGUUACAUUUAUCUAAACCCAGAUGUCCUUUAAUAUCUUCAAAGUAGAGGUAAUACAUUUUAGGAUUAAGUAACAGUUUCUUCAGCAACUGUCAAAUGGCUUACUUCGACUAAAUGAAGGAUAUAGGCAUCUUUAGUAUUAAUGAAGGGUUGCAACCCUUCUAUAGGAAGAUGUAGUCAGGAAAGUCAUGGGGAGAUGUACAAGAGCUAGUUGUUUUAGAAUUUCUGUGACACCUAAGAUGUUGACAUUAGUUUAUUUCAUCAUCUACUAUCAGACCAGAUGUUUCUAGAAUGGAAGACCGUUACCUGUGAUAUGGCAUCAGAAGUUGGUUUAUAAUUUUCUCAUCUCUAUUAGGAGUUAAAAAGAGAGACAAGUGUCUGAAACCAGUCUCACUCAGUAUCUCUAAGGGAUUUUGAGAAGGGGAAGAGGUUAUUGCAGUUACUUUGACUAGAAUCCAACCUAUAUCAAGCUUGACUUAACAUUUAAGACUAAACUCACAAAUGGAGGAAUAUGCCAAAAGCCAGGUAACUAUAGGAAAACUCAAUUUUCAGAGCUAUUGUGAUUGAACUUAACCUUUCUUACAUGCUCUUUAUUCGUAACUUAAGCCCUAAGGGAUAUACUUAAUACUUUAUAAGCAACCACUUUUCAGGUUACCUUCUUAGAUUUUUAGGCUUCUUUGUGGUAUAGCCCCCUCUUCAUUUUAAAAGUCUAGUAGUCUUGAAUGUUUAAAUAAAGCUUGAGCAUUACUCAGCAAAAACGAGACCAUUUGUUCAUAAAGUGUUUGUAUUGUUUAGUGCACUAAUUGGACUCUCAAGUGAAAGUGUAUUUUGUAAAGAAGGGAGAGCAUCAAAUUUCUAGAUGAAAUUUUCAUCUAUUUUCUCAUUUACUGAGCAGGAAACUUGUGCUUUCUUGAGAGUGUAAUUGAUGUCUUUAUGAACCCAUGAAAGAUUUAAGAUUAGCUACGAUUUUCCAACAACUUUGCUUUUAACGUACCUCCGCUAACCAUAAAAUCACUGCUUUUAUGCAUAUACUGCUAUUUGGGGGAUACUGGCCUAAAGUGGAAGCAGUUUUAACCAUAAAUAAAUAGUUCUGGAAAUAAAAAUAUAUAAGCAAAAAAUAAUUUGGUGCUUGUUCCUCCUCCUUCGUUUUAAAUCAUUGACUUUAUUUGUAGCUUUAUAGGGAACAGUAUUCCCCACACUGGUGUUAAUGAAGUGUUCUGUGAGCAUGUAUUUGGGAAACCCUAUAUUAGUGUUUUUAAUUGCACCAUCUUUCCAGUUUUCAGUUCGUUAUUGUGCGUUAUGAUGCUCAGAAAUGAGGAUGUAUAUAACUUAAAUCUGUGCCUACCUAUUAAUGACUUAUAGAAUUUAGAGAAGUUGAUAAUCAUAGUCUUCAUUUCCAGAGUUACUUUGUAAAACAUUUCUUUCAGUGUAAACGAUAUGUUUCUCAAAUAUUAGAUCUUGGUCUAUAGAUAAUUCAAUUUCGAAAAUUUCUUGCUUUUUUAUAAACAUCAAAUAUAAAGUUUCCAAAAUUAUUGUUUCUAAAGAAUUCUUGGUUUGUGUUUAGGCUAACAGUACAGAUUAUUUGUAAAAUGAAUUUGAAAAUGCUCAGGCUUGCCAGUUUGCUUUGAGUAAUGUAGCUAAUAAAGCUUUAAUUUUAAUUAUUGUAACUGAUGUUUUGCUAUUUGCAUCUAUUCAGAAUGUCCUUAUUUUUUACAGCACUGGUAUAUUGAAGGAGAAAGUGAAACUGAGCAAAAGUAAAAGUAAACUUAGAAUGAAUAUAUAAAUCAUGUAUAUCAACUUCAGAAUAUUCAUAAACAUUUCAUUCUUUUCUAUUUACAGUCUUUCAUUUUGAUACUUGGAAGUUUAUUAAAAUAUUUUAAAAUAUCUUGAUAAUUAAAGUAUUAGGACAGUUUAGUCCAAAUUUAGCUUACUAAAAUGUCUGCUUUCAUUUCUGAGAUAGUCUAGUUUUUGUAUAUCGGUUACUUAUAAGUUAAUUUUGAUUGAGAUUCUUUUUUCUCUUUACUUUUCGAACUUUAAUACAUUUGGGAUUUUUGAUAAAAGUGGGAAGCCAUAUUACUGUACUUCAUAACAUUUAUACUAUAUGACCAGUACUUCCAGUGCUAUAUAAAUCAUUCUCUUCUCCUUAUUAUUUAUAAAUACUGGGUUUGUAAAACCCCCCAACCUUAAUAAAGAGAAUAGAAAGAAUACAAAUAGGAGAAUGAACAGUUAAAAUGGUUAGAUGCGACAGUGUUCUUAGGUCAUUAGGCUCAGUUCUUGCUAAAGUAGAGACUUGUAAAAUCAAAAGGCACAAAGAGUCAGUCAACAUAAUUACUGGAUCCAGUUGGUAAUUCUCAAUUAGAAAACACGCCUCUCCUGGGAAGGGCGUAUCACAGUCUCUCAGCACUAUCUCACAUGGGUGUGGUUUGAAAAAAGCACCUUCAAAAAAUUGUAAAUACAGCUCUGUUAUAUAAAAUGAAAGUGAUUUUAUAAUAUAACUCACAGGAUGUAAAACUCAAUAGACUCUUCUCGGCUGGUAAGGAAAUCCCAGAGAUACAGUGAUUUCUAUUGUGUUUGGUGACUGGGCAAUAAUAGGUCCCUUAAAAGGAACCCAGCUGACUUAGGGAUUUAAUGAAAAUAUGUAAAGGGUAAGUUUAUCAAGCGUGGCGUAUAUAUUUAAAAAAAAAGAAGAAGAAGAAGAUAGAAACGGAGGAUAAAAAAAACUAAAGAAUGAGAAAUUGCUGUAAAAGUCUAAGCAGUUCCUGACCACCACUUUGACACUACAGUUGUAUCCGCUUUUGACCAACUACAGUUAUAGUACACAGCUUUCAAUGGAAAGACAUACAGGGUCUGGCAGGGCAUAUUUUAGCUCCUGUAUUAAAAGUAAUUCAGCCUCAGUUGUAAUUUAUUUAGGUUAUUUUGCUAAGACAGUACAAAUAUUUCUUAGUUAUAUAGGAAAGGAAUAGAUGAUGUUUUGAGUGAUAUUCAGUGUGUCCCACUUAACCCCAUCCUUUGGUAUCUGAAAUAGCUGCGUUGUUUUUGUUUGUGUUUUACAGUUUUUGAGACAGUGUCCUUGAGUUCAGACUCUCUCUUCCAGAGGGCAGUUUCACUCCUCCAUACAUCUUACUUGGACUCUUCAUCUGAGCAUGGUUUUCAGUACAGUCAAGUGACUUUGGUGAAAAAUGACAUUUUCUUAAAUGAGUACAAAACUUUUUACCGACAAAAAAAAGCAAGUAACUAUACUCAGGAGGAACUUCAAGAUACUUACGGGUUUCUUCUGUUCGAUACCGAAAAGCAGGCAAAAUUGGUAUGUCAGCGUGGACUCCGUGUUGGCAGCAGUGCUGUUACCACUCUGGGUGAUCCAGCCAAAGGGAAAAGUCAAGUCUGUGUCUGAGAAUUAUACAACUAACUAUACUAAGCCAUCUUCUGGCUAUGAUUGCCACGUGUCUGAAAAUACUAACAAGGUUUCUAACAAGACGAGUCAUUUUCGUGCCUUUGAACUGAGUCAGUAUUACUUUUACGAACUUUCAGGCAACACUGUUAUUGAGCGACCCAGACAGAUCUGUCCUUAUGUAAUUGUAGCUUUUCAGUACAGGGAACCUAAAACUAUGGCACCGCCAGCUCAUAAAAGCAUACUUGAACGCAGCGAAAAUGUUCUCAUGUCUCCGUGGAAAGGGAAAUUAAUUGUUCAAGACCGUAUGCUAUGUGAUAUAACUCUUUGGUCCACUUAUGGUGCAAUGAUUCCAACACAGCUACCACAAGAACUAGAUUUUAAAUAUGUAAUGAAAGUGUCUUCCUUGAAAAAAAGACUACCAGAGGCUGCCUUUAGAAAACAGAAUUACUUGGAGCGGAAAGUCUGUUUUCAAGAUUUGUUCUUCAAUUUGUAUGAGGUAGAACUGUCAAACAGACAAGGGGAAAAUAUAGAUAAAUUAACAGAAUAUAUUAAAAACAAGCAAUUGGCAAUCAUCAAAUGCUUAGAAGAUCGAGGGUUUUUCAUUUUACUUACAUCAUCAGCCUUACUAUCAGAACCAGAUUUUAAAAAUGGAGGCAAGCAGAUGGGUCUGCAUGGGUUACAUUUAUUUCAUUCACCUCUGUCAGCAGGGGUAAAAGAUUUGAAAAUUGAAGAUGACAUCUCAAUGAAGCUGAUACCUAUUUUGCCUGCCCUUAAUUGUGCCCUGCUAGAAACAAAGAAAUCACUUCCUGAAGAAAGAAUCCAUCCAAACACAUUAGUAAAGCAUUUCCAAGAACUGUACAAGGCGGACAGAAGCCCUUCAUUGACUGUUGCUCCUCAGGAUAGAAUGAAAGACCCUACAUUCUUGGGGAAACUGCCCAGUGGUUUUGACUUGAUUCCUCCAGCUGAAAAGUGCCCUUCAGAGUCUUUAACUCAGUUGAACUCUUAUUUUUCAGACCCCAGUGCUUACAUUUUGGAAGUGUCUACUGCUUUGGAGUUGUUAGCAGAGCAUCCUCAGUCUCCUUGUGUUUCAGACGGAAUUUGUGAUGCUGGAUUUUCUUUAGUUAUGACUCCAGAUCCUGAAUUUCUUGGCUCAGAGGCAGAAGUAAGAAAAGAAACUGAAACAAAAAAGGAUUCUGAAGAAAUGUUGAAAGCAAAGAAGAGAUUUGUGGUUCCAUUGAGUCCAGCGUCAAAUCUGAGAGUGCAGCCCAAGAGGAAGGCCAGCAUGCCACAUGUGGUGCAGAGUAAAAAGGUGAACUUGUGCCACCCCCUUCCUAAAAGAACUGCUUGCAGAGCAGACAACAGCUCGAACUCUCCAACAACUCUUAAGUUAGUUAAAGGGCAGUUUCCUCAGAAAAGAAAAAGAGGUGCGGAAGUGCUGACUGCACAGUUUGUACAGAAAACCAAAUUGGAUAGGAAAAACCAAGAAGCUCCUAUUUCUAAAGAUGUUCCAGUGCCAACAAAUGCUAAAAGGGCAAGGAAACAAGAGAAAUCUCCAGUCAAAACUGUUCCAAAGGCUAAGCCACCUGUGAAGAAAUCUCCACAAAAACAGAGAGUAAAUAUAGUAAAAGGCAAUGAGAACCCCAGAAUCAGAAAGCAGCUACAACCUGUCAAAGGAGAAGCCGCUUCAAAGCUUCAAUCAGAAAUUUCAAGAGAUGGUCAAGAAGAUGGGAUUAGCAUAAAUAGCAUUCAACCAGAAAAUACCACAGUGGCACACAGUGAUCUUCCUGAAAACUCCAUUGUCAAUUAUGACUCCCAGGCCCUGAAUAUGUUAGCCGAUCUAGCGUUAAGUUCUGCUACUUCUUCCACACCGGUAUCUGAGCCUAGAAAUCUUCACUGUUCCUCUGAAUUGCCACAAAAUGAUGUUUUGCUCUCUAAAGAAAAUUCUUUGCGAGGUACAUCUGACCAUGAAUAUCACAGAGGAGUUAAAAGUCAAAAAGGCGAAUUACUCCCUAACCCAUCUUCUGAUAGGAAGAGUAAUUCUGAGUCAGACUUAAUUGUUAGCCAAGAUGAAGAAAGCUUGGUUCCUUGUAGUCAGGCCCCUGCUAAAGCCCAGUCAGCACUUACUGAGGAAAUGCUGGAAUCUUCAGAUGCAAGUAAAAGCUCUUCUGUUUCUGUGGAACAUUCUUAUGCCCUGCUCCUUAGAGAACAUUCAAAGAAAAAUCUACAGGAGAGAGAGAUACCAAGCCCUGUGUUUCCCAAGAAUGGGACAAAAAGCCCUGAAGCAGUAACCCCAGUGGGGAAAGUCAUGCCAUUUCGGCAUCAGCCAGGUCUUUUGCUUCAGCAAAAGCCUCCUGACGAGCCCGUGGUGAAGCCCAAGGAUCGACCAGCGUCUUCCCGUGUGAAAAAAUCUUCUUGCUCUCGUAUAGUGUUUAGCUGUGAUGACUCCGUUAAGAUCACUUUCAAAUGUGAAACAGAAUAUGCAUUCAGCUUAGAUAGCAAAUAUACCAACAACUCACUGGAGAAAACUGUAGUAAGAGCAUUACAUGGGCCCUGGAAUACUGAUUUGCCUGAUAAUGUGGAAGAAGUGAAGCUUUUACUUCAUAUGUGGGUAGCUCUGUUUUACAGCAAUCAGAACAAAGUCAUACGAUCUUCCCGAAAGGUUGUAGAACACAGCAACCCAGCAAAAUAUGUGUCUCUAAAUAGCACGUUAGAAUCUCGUGAGCUCAGUGAAAUUGAGGAGUCCCUUGGUUUGGAAAGAUGUUCUGCAGACCCUCUUUUGGAGACUAACGAAAUUUCCAGGGCUCAUGCUGCUGAAGUGUCCUUCCAUGAUGCUGACUGCUUGCUUCCUUUCAUUAAAACACCACUUACCCAAGGCUUGGAACUCUGUGAACACAAUGAACAGAAAAAAACUCUUGCAAGAAAGUGUCAUCCAGACACCCUAGAAAACCAGGAUUUCGUCUGUUAUAAUAAUGAGGUAAUUGGGGAAGAAGCUAAACAAGAAUCAUUAGAUAAACUGGAGACUUCUAAUCUUGUGCUUUCUGGUAUUGGAAGUACACGAACUAAUGGACCCUCUGUUCCUAAUGAAGAAGAAAUUGUUCAGCCACUGGAUAGCACAAGAGUGGCUUCUUACAGUGGCACAGUUACUCAAACCACAUUCACCAGGACUUAUGAUGGGACUGGUAGUCAGCCAGUGAUAUGUCAGAGCUCUGUGUGUAGCACCCUUCAAAACAAAGUGGAUGUUCCUGAUGCAGCAAUGCAAACAAAAACAGGUACUUUACAGGACCUUGUCCAACAUGGCAGCCCCGUAAACAAUGAAUGUCACCCUUCCUUGGAAAGAAAGGAUGAUAAUAUGGAGUGUGCAGUGAUUAAUCCAGAACCAGUUACUCUCAUCUUUGAAAAAAAUGCACACGUACCAUUACAGACAGAAGGUGUAAAUACAGCUGAUGAACCUACAACCUUUAAUAAGGAGUUGAUUAAGCAAGUAUCACCUGCUGCAAGCCUUAGACAUCCUGUAUCCACCUCGGAAAAGGCACAAACACAAGGCCUGAGGGACAUUCCCUCUCUAGUAGUUGCAGGACAGAAAGGCUCUAAGUACCUUUGUGCCUCCUCAGUAGGUAGAGAAACACUUGAUAAAGAAGUGUGUUCAUUACAGAAAGAGAUGCAUCUUCCAGUCUCAUUACCGUCUGAUAAAGCAAUGGUAAUGGAGGCAUUAUCAUUAGUUAAAAGUUCUAGUUAUCUAUUACCGAGUGAAGAAGUGAGGUGCACUCAGAAUUUCCUUUCUCAGACUCAGAGUCUCCUCAGCCUGUCUUCAGAAGGGCUUGUAGAACCGACACAGAUUGAGGUGGACUCAUCAUCAGCCUCUACCACCUUGGGAAAGCAGUGUUCACUUAACUGCAUUUCAUCAGGAUGCCACACAUCAGGUGACUCUUUAGAACUGAGGAAGAAUGACAAGAAUGGUCCAAACACUGAAAAUAUGAAUUUUGAAGAGUUUGAUUCAGUAUUUAUCAAACAAAGGAGGCUGGCUGUGAGUAGAGAGGUCAGCCUAGAGUUAUCAGAGGAAGAUUCUAACAUUGACUUAGCUCUAACAAUAUCACCACCUACAAGUCCCAGAGAAGAAAUGCCAGCUGGUGAAAUAGAGCAAUUUGAAGAGGCCCCCUUUUCAAAUUUAGAACUUCAGGAUGUAGCUGAGGAAAUAGGUGAACCAGAAGACGUGGCUCUCACAGAAAGCAGAGAAGUGAAUUCUGCUGACAAUGUGUCAGUAUAUCCCACAGUGUCAGAAGAACCAGUAGAAAAUAAGGAGAGAAAGGGGGAUAAUUUACAACCAGUUACUGUAAUACUUUCUAAAGAAAAUUGCACCCUUGAGAUUGCAGAGGAAAUUAAUGUGACCUCUGAUUUUCCCUUUGAUUCUGUAAUUGAGGAAGUAUCACCAGCUUCUAGUCCUGAACCUCCAGUACCAGUUAAAGAGACACGACCAUAUCAGGCUGUGACUCCAUGCAUUUUAAAACUUCAUGGUACACAGUGUGAGAAGAGCAAUCGAAUCUCCCAGCGUGUGUCAGAAGACUUAGGCGUAACAGAAAAAGAAAAAUUUUUUGUUGGUCCUACCCAUCCAGUGGGGCAAGAUAACUUUACCCAGGUACAACAAAUGCAGGUCUCUGCUGAAAUGCCUCUAAUAUUAACUGACCAUCCAGGAAGAACAGGUAGACCGACCUUUCCUGGUAAAGUAACUGAGGAAAUUGUCUCAAGUGUGCAUGAUGAGGGUUUAUCUUUCUCAGGAAAGGUGCAGUGCUAUGGUAGGGAGUUAAACCAGCCUGCCUCAGCUGCCGAAUACACAGGUGACUUCAGUCCUUCUCCUGAAAAACUGGCAAAAUCAGGAAAUCCAUUGCAGCCAAUUAGAGUAGAAAACAGAAAUUUGGACUUAAAACAUCUUGUCUUGGAGUCCAGUGAACCUCCAUUUAGUCCUAGAAAUGUUACUGAAAAUAUGUCUUUGUCUGACACAUUGGUUUCCACAGCUGCACCAAGUGGUGUAGUAGAACAGCAGACUAGCCCUAAAAGCAGUCAGAACAAUCUCUUUACCAGUGACUUGAAAACAGAUGAAGGCAUUUAUCUGCAGAUGAAGUCCUUGACAACUGCCUCAGUUGAUGGAGCUUAUUCUACACAGGGAUGCAUGUGCUCAGUGGUCCCCACACUUUGUUCUUCCUCAGACAGUGCUACAUUAACCCAUUAUGUAAGACCAAUAAAUGCAGAGCCAGCAUUUCAAGCACAGGAAAUACCAGCAGUCAGAAUGGCCAGUUUGCUUAAGAAGGGUGAAACUGAAACUGAGUUACAUAAAGAAAUCACAGGUCUAGGCACUGCUGGCCCUCAGUCCAACACCAAAUCUUCUCUAAAAGGCGAACGCAAAGCCAUCCACACACUGCAAGAUGUGUCAACAUGUGAAACAAAGGAGCUGUUGAAUGUUGGGGUUUCCUCCCUUUGUGCUAGUCCCUACCAAAAUACAGCAGACACCAGGGGAAAUCUCAGUAAAGAGCCUUUGGCCUCCUUUGUUUCAGAAUCCUUUGAUACUUCUGUUUGUGGAAUAUCCACAGAGCACAUAGAAAUUGAGAACAGUGGGGAGGGGCUCAGGGCUCAGGCUGGUUCUGAAACCCUAGGCAGAGAUGCAGAGGUCAGUGGGAAUUCCGACAUGCACUGUGAACUGCUUUCUGGAGAUUCUGAUCUAGACCUGAUUGGUGAUUGUAGAAAUCCCAAAUGCAAUUUGGAGGAUUCUUGUACUUUAAGAGGUAGUUACACCAGGAAAAAAGAAGAUGUUCUCACAGAUGGCUGUGAGUCAUCGUUGAACUUCCACAAGCACUACCAAGGGGACUGGGGCUGCUCUAGCCAGGUUCCAGGCAUGGAGACGAGCCUCCCUCCCGGGCACUGGACCACUAGGGUAAAGAAAGAAGAGAAGUGUGUGCCGCCUUACGUCCAAAUCCGAGAUCUCCACGGGAUCCUCAGGACUUACGCCAACUUCUCUGUAACAAAAGAGCUCAAAGACACCAUGAGAACUUCACACAGCCUGAGGAGGCACCCGAGUUUCACUGCAAACUGUGACCCGCCCAGCCCCUGGACAAGCACUUGGCAGGUGGCAGACGACCUCACCCAGAACACUUUGGACCUGGAGUAUCUGCGUUUUGCACAUAAGCUAAAACAGACCAUAAAGAAUGGGGAUUCUCAGCAUUCUGCCUCCUCCGCCAGUGUCUUUCCAAAGGAGUUACCAACCCAGAUCUCCACUGGUGCUUUCCCUUUGACAAAAAUAUCUGAGGCCCCAAUUCUGCAUCCUGCACCUAGCAGCAGAAGCCCCCUUCUGGUAACAGUUGUGGAGUCAGAUCCCAGACCACAGGGGCAGCCCAGGAGAGGCUACACAGCCAGCAAUCUGGACAGCUCUUCCUCUUGGAGAGAGAGAGAUAGUCAUAAUAGAGAUCCUACAAAUUCUCAGAGAAAUCAGACUGUUUCAUUCCACCUUAACAAACUGAAAUACAACAGUACUUUGAAGGAAUCUCGGAAUGAUAUUUCACUUAUUCUCAGUGAGUAUGCCGAAUUCAACAAGGUAAUGAAGAAUAGCAACCAAGUCGUUUUCCAAGACAAAGAGCUAAAUGAUGCUUCUGGAGAAGCCACUGCUCAAGUGUUGUAUCUGCCUUUCCCAAGACGGUCAAUCUCCUUUGAAGACAUAAUCAUAGAGUUGUGCGCCAAUUUGCACGUCAAACUAAAAAGUGUUGUGAAAGAGGCUUGUAAAAGUACCUUCCUGUUCUACCUUGUCGAAACAGAAGACAAAUCAUUCUUUGUAAGAACAAAGAACCUUCUGAGGAAAGGAGGCCAUACGGAAAUUGAACCUCAGCACUUCUGUCAAGCUUUCCACAGAGAGGAUGAUACACUGAUCAUCAUCAUCAGAAAUGAAGAUAUAUCAUCACAUUUGCAUCAGAUUCCUUCUUUGCUGAAGCUGAAGCAUUUCCCCAGUGUCAUCUUUGCUGGAGUAGACAGCCCUGGAGAUGUUCUUGAUCACACCUACCAAGAACUGUUUCGUGCAGGAGGCUUUGUGAUAACAGAUGACAAGAUAUUAGAAGCUGUAACAUUAGUUCAACUGAAGGAAAUUAUCAAAAUCCUGGAAAAACUAAAUGGAAAUGGAAAAUGGAAGUGGUUGCUUCACUACAGGGAAAAUAAAAAGCUAAAAGAUGAUGAAAGAGUGGAUUCAACUGCACAUAAAAAGAACAUGAUGUUGAAGUCAUUUCAGAGUGCAAAUAUCAUUGAAUUGCUUCAUUAUCACCAGUGUGACUCUCGAUCAUCAGCAAAAGCAGAAAUUUUGAAAUGUUUGCUAAACCUGCAAAUUCAGCAUAUUGAAGCCAGGUUUGCUGUCUUCCUAACAGACAAGCCUACUAUCCCCAGAGAAGUCUUUGAAAAUAGUGGAAUCCUUGUUACAGAUGUAAAUAACUUUAUAGAAAACAUAGAAAAAGUAGCAGCUCCAUUUAGGAGUAGCUAUUGGUGACUCAACUACAGCCUGCCUGGAUAUGGAUGAUGCCAAUAAAAAAUUAGUAUUUUCCCUUUGGAAAACUUGUGAACAUGUGAAUACACAUGUGAACAGUCUUAUAUUUGAAAAAUCAAUGUUCUACAACCUGGAAAGUUUUCUUUUUUUGUAUUUUGCUGAAAUAUGUCACAGUGGCAUUGUAGUUGUCUGUUAUCUUUGGGUUGCAGUGCUAGAUACUGUUUUAAAUUAUUUCCAUUUUAAACAAGAUGCCUUCUAAGCUAUUGAGCUUAAUAUUAAAAAUAAGAAUUUUACAACAUGUUUACUUAGUUGGAGCAAAAAUAAGUCUAUUUUAACAAAUAGCUUUGUUUUUGCAUGCUGAUGUCAGAAAGGCCUAUGAUGCACAUUAUGCUCUGUUUUAAAGGUUUUACCAUCCUUGUAAAAACUAUAAUCUUAAAUGGUUUUAUUUGCUGUUAUACAAACAACACUACAUAAACUUAAAACAUUUUUUCCUAAAUGGUACAAAUUUAUAAACUAUCAUUUUUCACUUACGGUAUUUGUAAAUACUACACUACAAAAAUCAGCUUUCUGAGAAAUAAUCAUUUAUUUAUGAUAUUGAAAAUUUCUACAGUAAAAACUCAAAACCACGCAAAAAACAUUUGUAAGAUACAUGGUAUCUGUUUGGAGCAAAGGCUUUUUUGUAACUAAUUUGUUUCAUUUUUUAAAUAAAGAGAACUAAAAAU